GCGGCUGCAAAUAAACCUGGAGUUGUCCAGCUGUUUGCCUCCAUCGUCCUUGUAUUUAACACCUUUGGAUGUGCGAAUUCAUGGGGGAAAAGAGCAUCUUCAAAGAUUUCCUACGGGGAAAGUUGCACUCAUCUCUUCGCUGGAUGUCAUCUAACAAGUUCCCUGGAUCAUCUGGAUCAAAUAUGAUCUACUAUCUGGUUGUAGGUGUCACGGUCAGUGCUGGUGGAUACUAUACUUACAGGACAGUCACAUCAGAGCAAGUCAAACACACUGGACAUAUAAAAAAUUUGAAAGAAAAAAACAGAGCAGAGUUACAGCCACUUCAAGGUGAAAAAGAGAACCUGGAGGGAGCGGAGAAAGCAAGUUCAGAGGCCCCUGAAGUAUCUUCGGAGGAAGCUCAGGUGGCGGAUGCGGAAGAAAGCUCCGACGCUGCAGCUGCAGGCAGAGCAGAGGAGGCUUCAGCCUGUCCCGACGCUGCGGAGGCUGCUCAGGUGGAGAUCACCGCGGUCGGUGCUGAAACGGAGCCAGAGGUUCCAAAUGUCACCCCCUGCGAAAGCGCCCAAGUCAGCACCGGAGCCACCUCGGAGGUCACCAGUGCAGCUCCGGAUGAAGCCGUUGCCAUCAGUAACGAUAAAGGUACAACCGAGAACGAAAGCUCUGAUGAAUAUGCUGAACUGGAAGAAGAGAAUUCUCCGGUUGAGUCAGAACCCUCUGCUGGGGAUGGUUUACAGGAAGAAGCCAGAGUUGGUGCUGAGGCCGCGACUCAAGGCUAACCUUGCAGAUUCACACUCGGCAUAAACGCCAUCGCAAGUCUGAUAGGUGCUUUUGUAGUUUUAGUCAUCUUAGUUUUAGUUUUUUUUAAAGGCGCCUUUUCUAGAAAACUUUAAUGUGCCUUGAAGGUGUUUGGUAUCCGCUGAUAGGUUUCAGGGUUGAGACAUUUGAGAUUACACGUGACUGAAGUUUUCUAGUCUCUGAGGUCAGACUAUGACACUGCAGUAGAGAGCUUCAAGAUUUUCAUCUUUGGAUUUAAGUUUUAUGUCAUAGGAAUUGAGCUAUCUAUACAACCUGCGUUCACUUUAACUUUGCUGUGCCCUUACCUUACUGUAAUGUGUGUAAAUGUAGAUUCUCAAGUUUUGAUUUGAACUCAUUUAAAUAAAAUUUUAAAAUAUUUA